UCAAUAAUUUUACUUCCUGUGGAUUUUAUUUCCCCCAAUGCCUUACUAAAUAUACCAAUGAGUAAUGACAGUGACGAAGAUGAAUUUAUUCCACAUGAGUUAACCACUUAUGAUAAGCUUAUUAAAUAUUUGUCAAAAACUCUUAAGACUUUUGAUGUAUUUUGGAAAAUUUGGAAAGAUGAGUACUUAAAUAGUUCAAGGGAACGUACACAAAUAGAACACAAAUCUCCUAGAAGCGCAAUAAUACGACCACCUUUCCUAGGAGAAGUCGUACUAGUAAAUGAACCACAUAUUCCUCGCGGAAUGUGGAAACUAGCAAAGAUAAAUAAACUUAAUAAGAGUAGCGAUGGGAAUGUCAGGAGUGUUCAGAUAGAAUUGCCUUUUGGGAAACUUCUCAAUAGACCAGUUAAUAUGUUAUACCCUCUGGAAGUGGAACAAGAAAAUCAACCCGAAGACUCUGUAACUGAAUUAACGAAUGCAAAAGACGAAGAACCCAUCGCACGCGAAGUUCAACAAAGGAAUCUGGUCAAAUGCAGAAUUAGAUUUUAUGCUUUUCGUAUUUCUCAGUAA